CUGUGGAGAAGGAGGAUAGGACGAAUGAGAUCCUCAUGGCAAUCAAUGGUUUAUCAACGACGGUAGCAUUGCUAAACAACAAUGUCAGCAGUGCUGUAAUUCGUAUAGACCACCUGGAUAAGAGGAUUGCCGUUAUCGAGGAUAAACAUGAGGAGAAAGAGGAGGCCAUGGCGAAUUCUGGGAACAAUGUUGACAACGACCAUGGUAACAAUGAUGAUAAUGCCGGUGAUGCAGAAUCCAAAACCUCACCGAAAACCCCUAGAGCAAAGGCAUCUCCUCCAGCAGCAGCGCCAGUAGCAGGAACGUCAACGGGAGGUGGAGCAGGAACGGGAACGGGAGCUGUGGAAAAGGAUCCGUCGUGGAUGAUGGAGAUGCAGGAAACAUCAGAGCCAGGUUUUCCUGUUGCAAGAGUUGUUAGAACCCCAGCGUCGAGAGGAAAGACUGUAACCAAAGUGAAAAAAGAACCUGCUGAUCCUAAAGAGAAGAAUAAAUCAGGCACAAAGUCAAAAGCUGAUUUAAAAGACAAAAACGAAGAAAGCCAGAUAAUCAAUAUAAGCCACGUUUCACGCCCACUACAGUCUAGACGAGUACAAAUCCCUUCCCUGCAAGACGAAGACGACUCAGCGAUUGAAGCUAUGAAGAAACGCUUAGAAAAGCUGGUGGAACAUGCAAAAAAUCCACCUGCUGAGCAGGAAAAAAGGGGACGCAGCCUUGCACCGACCCAGGUUUCACCCUACCUUGGUAACUCAGUGGUGAGACGCAUCAUGGACCCAGCAGGUCCCCCUCCUGGGAGGUAUGAUCCUUUUGAAGCGGUGGACAGUCGAAUACUGGAUAAUCUAACCCGCUACGUAGCUUUUUGA